AUGGAGUGUUCUCUAGGAGUCGCAACUCACUUUCCGUCAUGCUCUAAGACACAAUUCAUAAAUUCACGACGAGCCAUGAUCUUAACCGUCAAGUGCCACUCUAUUUCUCUCUCCGACAAUUCCUCCACUGCGGAAAGGCCAUGGAAGGUGGCAGAUGAGAGGAUGGCUCGAUUUGGAGGGCGAAGUCGUUUGGUGCUUCUGGAACCCAAGUACCAAGAGAUCCUUACUGACCCUAGUUAUGCAGGCCAAUUUGUCUUGAUGACAAAUCCACAUAUUGGCAACACUGGUGUCAAUUUUGAUGAUGAAGAAUCAAGACUGUGUUUUUUAGCAGGCCUAGUAGUCAGAAGUUUGAGUAUCAGUACCUCAAACUGGAGAUGCACACAGACGCUUGGGGAUUAUUUGGCAGAAAGGAACAUUAUGGGAAUAUAUGAUGUUGACACCCGUGCUAUUACCCGUAGAUUGAGACAAGAUGGUAGCCUUAUUGGUGUACUGAGCACUGAUGAAUCGAAAACGGAUGAAGAACUCAUAAAAACCUCUCGGACUUGGAAUAUUGUUGGCGUGGAUUUAAUAAGUGGGGUCUCGUGUGAGGCUCCUUAUGAAUGGGUUGAUAGAACAAAUUCAGGGUGGGAUUUUAACUUCAAUGGAAGAAAUGAAGAGACUUUUCGUGUUGUUGCAUAUGAUUUUGGUAUCAAGCAAAAUAUAUUGAGGCGCCUAGCAUCCUACGGCUUUCCUUAUGUAAUUGGAAAAGUUCCUGUUUUUGGUAUUUGCAUGGGACAUCAGCUGCUUGGUCAAGCAUUGGGGGGUAAGACCUUCAAGAUGAAGUUUGGUCACCAUGGAGGAAAUCAUCCAGUCAGAAAUCUUCGAAAUGGCCGUGUUGAAAUCAGUGCUCAGAAUCACAACUAUGCUGUUGACCCUGAAUCGCUUCCAGGAGGUGCAGAAGUCACUCAUGUUAAUCUCAAUGCUGGAAGCUGUGCGGGGCUUGCCUUCUCUCAGUUAAAGAUCAUGUCACUUCAGUACCAUCCUGAAGCAUCCCCGGGACCUCAUGAUUCAGAUCCUGUAUUUGGGGAAUUCAUGCAACUCAUGAAGCAAGAACAACAGAAGGCGUGA